AUGGAAACUAGAUGCGACCCGUUAAAAAUCAAGAAAGCUAUUUUGAAGCUUGGUUUUGACAAUAUGGAGUUUACUGAGAACAGAGGCUUUGCAGGAGGGAUUGUUGUGGAUUGGAAGAGGAGUGAAAUAAAUAUUCAAGUUUCUUUGAAAAAUAAUCAAUUUAUUCAUGCAAAAGUUUGUAUGGAGAAUGUGGAUGAGUGGUGGUUUACUGCUAUAUAUGCGAGUCCCAAUGAUAAUAGUAAGAAGUUAUUAUGGGAGGAGUUGAAGAAUAUUGCGAAGGAUAUGAAGGAUGUCUGGAUGCUUGCGGGCGAUUUUAACGAUAUUGCAAGUAGUAGCGAGAAGAAGGGUGGCUUACUAGCAUCCACUCAUAAAUAUCAGAGAAAGAAGGAGGGAAUGAAUGACUCCAUGGUGAGUAAUUUAGAUUCGAAAGAGCCAAUGUUCACGUGGAGAGGGCCCAUUUUUCAUGGUGGUCAAAGAAUUUAUGAGAAAUUGGAUCGUGCUAUCAACAAUGAUGGUUGGACACUGCAUUUCCUAGAGGCGUUUGUUAAAGUUCUGACUCGAGUUGAGUUCUUCGAUCACCAUCCGAUUCUUAUCAACCUGCGAGAGGAUAUGCAGAAUUACCAGAAGAGGCCUUUCCAUUUUGAGAGCGCAUGGCUCAUCAAUGACACUUAUAAAAAUAUGUUGCAAGAAUCUUGGGAUAAAGAUCACUAUAUUCUGCAUAACUUGCGGAAUGUUGUUACUAGUAUUGAUAAGUGGAAGUUUGAAACCUUUGAUCAAGUCAAAAGGCAAAAGAAUGGAAUCUUGAGAAGAUUGAAUGGCAUUCAAAACAAGUUGUAG